UGUUUAGUGAUAAUGCAGUGAAAGUAAACGUUGAAAUUGCCUGCCCGGAGACAUACUUCGGUUCGUCGCCGUCGGGUACAUGAAGUGGAUUAUACAACUAAAUGGAUGGGGUACCAGGCAUAUGGAUACGUGAAAAGAGUGAGAACGCAAGCACGAUAAAGCGUGACGGCCUGCGUUUCUCGUUCGUGUGGACACUCGCACAUAGAACCCGUUGGUUUCAUUCUGUCUCUCUCGAUCAUCUUCCGUUCUCUUUCUAAAGCAACUGCGCGAACCUGGAUGCGCAGUAAAAUGGUGGGGAUAGAAAUGCUUGCUAUGGUGAAGCGGAAUUGCUCAUAGGUGUAGUUUGCGAUACGUGAUGGUUGAUACGUAGUGUGCGAAAGUAAUCGUUUUUUUAUAGUAAGCGCGUGUACUGUUUCGUGCCAUGGCUAUGUUUGAAGCAUUAAGGGAAGAAUACAGUGAUUACUUACAGCAAUGUUUUAGAGUGCCAGAUCUACAAACAUUCCAAAAGAAAUGCACUGCUCUUUGUACAAAUGACAGUGACAGGAAAGUUGCAGUUGAUCAAGCAUUAAGAGACAGUCUUCUUAUAAUUUUGUCAGAACAUGUGCCAAGCAAUGUUCAACUACUUGAAACCUACAUUACAUUCUGCAUUGAAUUAUGCAGAAAAGACUUAGCGACUGCGAGUAUGCCUGUCAUGUUACUUGGUGAUAUAUUUGACUCUAUGACUCUUGAUAGAUGUGAGCAACUAUUCACCUUUGUAGAGAACAAUGUUGUUGUAUGGAAAGAAGAAUUAUUUUUUAGUGCUUGUAAAAAUAACUUAUUGCGUAUGUGCAAUGAUUUACUGAGAAGAUUAUCUCGGUCACAACAGACUGUUUUCUGUGGAAGAAUUCUUCUGUUUCUUGCCAAGUUUUUCCCUUUUUCUGAGAGAUCUGGCCUUAACAUUGUCAGUGAAUUCAAUUUGGAAAAUUAUACAGAAUUUGGCUCCGAAAAAUCUGAGGGAGAUGAUUUGGAACAAAUUACUAAGGUAGAUGAUAAAUCUGAGAGCAAAGUACCAAUUGAUUAUAAUUUGUAUAGAAAGUUCUGGGCUCUACAAGAUUUUUUUAGAAAUCCAAAUCAAUGUUACCAGAAAAUGUACUGGAAAGUAUUUUCAGCGCAUGCUUCAAGUGUUUUAUCAGCAUUUUCAUCAUUCAAAUUAGAGGAACAACGCAAUUAUCCUACAACAUCUAUUAAAGUGGAUUCUUCAAUGGAAGGAUCUCACAAAGAAACUCCAUAUUUUGCAAAAUACUUAACAAAUCAGAAAUUAUUAGAGUUACAGUUGUCUGAUUCAAAUUUUAGACGAUAUGUAUUGCUGCAAUUUCUCAUUCUUUUCCAAUAUCUUAAUAGCACUGUAAAAUUUAAAGCCUUCCUUGCCAGUGGCUAUGAGACAAGUGAAACACAUGAAUUGAAGCCGGACCAAAUAGAUUGGGUAAAAACCACCACGGAACAAGUUUACGCCUUACUGACGGAAACACCACCUGACGGCCCAACGUUUGCUGAAACUGUUAAAAAUAUAUUAAAACGCGAAGAACAUUGGAAUUCGUGGAAGAAUGAAGGUUGUCCACCAUUUAAAAGACCAGCAUCAGAUUCUACUGUCGACGCAGAGGAAUUGAGGAAACCGAAGAGACCCAAACGUAGAAUCGGAGAUGUUAUUAGAGACGCUCAAGCAGUAGGAAAAUAUCAUAUGGGAAAUCCAGAACUCACAAAGCUAUGGAAUUUGUGCCCUAAUAAUCUCGAAGCAUGUAAAUCAAAAGAAAGAGAUUUCUUACCAUCUCUAGAAACAUACUUUGAAGAAGCCAUAAUGCAACUGGAUCCUAAUGCAAUGGUUGAAGAUGAGUACAAGAAAGUAAAUGACGGAAACUUUGGAUGGAGGGCAUUAAGAUUGUUGGCUAGACGUAGCCCUCAUUUUUUCGUACAUGGUAAUUACCCUAUCAAUAAACUACCUGAAUAUCUUGAAACAAUGAUAAAGAAGAUUGCCAAAGAUCGACCACAAACGCAAUCCGACAUGAAGUUGGAAACUGAAGAAACUCCACCACAAGAUUCGAACGAUCAAGAAUUCAAUGAAGAUGUGUUACAAAAAGAGAGCGAACAAGUUGAAACUGAAAAUUCGGAUACAAAGGGACGAAAAUUAACUAAAAUCACGCCAGAUACGGUAGCAAAAUUAUCGGAUGUAUUGAAAAACGAUUGGAAGAAAUUAGCAACCAAACUUGGUUAUACAAAUGAGGAGGUAAAUAUAUGUGAUAUUGUGUCGAAGAAAACUAACCAGAUUACAUUUUUUCAGAGUCAACCGACGCCAUACGAGCAAUGUAAAAAUAUGCUAGAAAUUUGGGCAGAAGAAGAUGUAGACGCAUCGAUGGAAAAUUUGGCGUAUAUCUUAGAAGGUUUAAAAUUCACGGAGGCAUUAGCUGUUUUAAAAUCAUAAUUAUUUCAUGAAAAUGUCUCACUAUGAAAAUGAAUUUUAAGAAUUGUACAGUACAUACUACGUGA